AUGUCUUCAUCAAUGGUUGGACAUCCAUACAACACUCAACCAAUGUCCCAAAACUCGGCGUACGCAUAUGUCGCUGUUCCUCAACCACCGCCUUCGCCACCAGUAGACGAGACAUCAAAGUGCUCAUUACCAUCUAUCUCGAGUCUUCUUGGUUUGGCUGAUGGGUCAAGUCCUCAAGAGCAAACACAGCAAGCAGCUCAAUCCGUAAAGAACGACGGCCGACCAAGCUCAGAACAUCAGCAAUAUGGACCUUCGCCCACCAUGAACACUCGUGGUGCGCUUCCACCUACGCCACCAAUGCAAGCAGAGUCCUACGACGGACGUCAGUCACCAUCAGCUGGGUCUGCUUCUGGUUAUUCGGUCGCAUCUGCCCCAGGAUAUUAUUUCAGUCCUCCAGUAUCUGCCAUCAACAACGUCGAGCCACACAAUCAACGACAACAACAGAUGACAAGUAUUCCUCAACGUAGAGUCUCGAUGCCGGCCGCACCGAUGGCGUAUAACCAACCUGCAUACAAUGCACCACAGUACACAAUGUCUCCUGGUCAACAAUCUAUGGGCUCGUACUAUGCUAGUCCAAUGCAAGCAGCACCUCCACAGUCGCAGAUCUCUGGACUCUACUAUCAACGUCCUCUUCCUCAACAAUUUCAACCAUCAUUAAUGCCUGUAUCUGUUACACUCACUCCAUCAUCUGGAGCUAAUCCGUGGCAACAUCACCAUUAUAUCUCUCCAUCAUCAGUUGCAUCAUUUCCGCAAUCACAGGAUCGAUACAUUUGUCAAACCUGCAACAAGGCAUUCUCUCGACCAUCGAGCUUACGCAUUCACUCCCACUCGCAUACUGGAGAAAAGCCUUUCAAGUGUCCCCACCAGGGAUGCGGCAAGGCUUUCAGUGUUCGGAGCAACAUGAAACGACAUGAACGCGGUUGCCACAGUUUUGAGGGUGGGGCUUGA